UGACGUUCGGAAAGGACCGAUCUUUGUUAUGAAGAAGCAGCAUGGCGGAACCGACUGUCCGAAUGUCUGGGAUCGUGUUAGCUUCUCUGAUGUUUCAGCACGUCAACAGUGAUUCAGACGUGGAGGGUCUCAUCCUCGGAGAGAGUAAAUUUGAGGAGCAGGUCACCAUCAGCGACUCUCAGGCUGAUCACAUCCACAUAGAGGAAAUCUACAAUAUCCAGAAGCACGUCGCCUGCCACAAACUGAACACCUUUUACAACAGUGUAGGAGACGUGAACGUGGAGGCGGUGAAGAGGCUCCUGCCAGACAAUAAGCAGGAGAGUGUGAUUGGUUGGUACAGGCAGCGCAGGAACACGGAUCAGCUGAUGUCGUUCAGGGAGAAGAUCGUGCACGAGAACCUGAAGACGUCUCUGUCCAACCCUCACAUGAUCUUUGUGCUGCUGACGCCCAGCAAGCUGACAUCACCAGGCUCCACCCACAGGAUGGAGUACGCCGCCUUCAUCUCCCGCAGCAGGACGUUCAUCAAUGUUCCUGUUCUGGUUAAUAACCUGGGUUUACUGGAGCAGCUGUCGUACUGGAAGGUGUCGGCUCCCUGCUCCGCGGCCGGUUACAACCUCACCAUGAAGAAACACGGGUCUAAAUUCUUCUCCUCCAACGGGCUCCUGAGAGAAGUGAACGAAGUGAAUAAAAUGAACGAGUCCCUGCAGGCGGAGCUACAGAAGGCGUGCAGAGACGUGGAGGAGAGUGAACGAGUGGUGGAGACGCUGCAGGCCGACGUUUCAGCUCUGAGGAGCCGCGUCCGAGAGAAGAGGCAGAGCAAGGCGGGAAAAGAGCCGGUCGAGGAUCCACCUGAACAGAAGAACAACCUGCUGCUGCACGAGGCCGUCAGAGCUCUGUUCUCCUGCUCUCCUCUCUUCCACACUCAGACUUUAACCCUCGAGGCCUUCCCUGUUCCCGCCGUCUGCUGCGGCGCCGAGCAGGACGACGGAGACGACGACUCCAAGUCAGACGCACUGAAGACUCAGGAAACUCUGUCUCUGCUGAACCAGAACAGGACGAACUGUCGGAAGAGGCUGAAAGAAACGACGGAGGGGAGGGAGAGGAAACGCAGGAAGAACCAGUCCUGAUGAGAAACACUAAACUGGAUUCAUCAAAGUCAGACUCCAUCUUUUUAUCAGCUGUUGUUGGUCACAUGCUUCUAACGUCACUAAACUCAGUUGGAAGGCGAUGACGGUUGGUGUUGAUGACUGAACGUCGGCUCUGGAAAUGUACAGUUUGUGUAUUUUGAAUUGUUUAAAAAUCGUUUAUU